CCGAGCGGUGGGGCGCUCGCGCGCGCCCACUGGUGGCCGGAGGAGAAGACGUCCGCGGAGGCCUAGCUGCCCGCCCCUCCCCUGGGGAGGCUCGCGCUCCCGCUGCUCGCGCCUGCGCGCCCGCCGGCCUCGAGAGCGCGCCCUCUCGCUGGUGCGCGCGCUCGCAGUCUCCGACACCCACCAGCUCCGGCACCAGCAGCAGCGUCGCCGCCGCCGCCCACCUUCUGCCGCCGCCACCACAGCCACUUUCUUCUUUGCUUUCCUCUACUGUCCUCGCCCUCUGUCGACUAUCAGGUGGGCCUUGAACCAGGAUGGCUGAGCCCCGCCAGGAGUUCGACGUGAUGGAAGAUCAUGCUGGCGCGUAUGGGCUGGAGGAGAGGAAAGAGCUCCCCUCCCAGGGGGGCUACGCUCUGCUGCAAGACCAGGAGGGUGACAUGGACCACGGUCUGAAAGAAUCUCCCCUGCAGACCCCCGCCGAUGAUGGAUCUGAGGAACCAGGCUCUGAAACUUCUGAUGCUAAGAGCACUCCGACCGCGGAAGACGUGACUGCACCUUUAGUGGACGAGGGAGCCCCCGGUGAGCAGGCGGCCGCUCAGCCCGACUCGGAGAUCCCAGAAGGAACCACAGCUGAAGAAGCAGGCAUUGGAGACACCCCCAACUUGGAAGACCAAGCCGCUGGACACGUGACUCAAGUUUCCGCAGAGACCCAGGUCUCAGAGCCCGACAGGCCCAGCGCAGGGCACCCCCAUGUGCCCCCUGAGUUCGUGUUCCACGUGGACAUCAAAGCCAACGUGCAGAAGGAGCAGGGACGCUCAGAGGUGGAUUUGGAAAGGACUGCACUUCCGGGGGCCCCUGGAGAGGAGCAAGAGCCCCAGGGCCCCGCUGAGGGAGAGAACACAAAAAAGACUGACCUUCCAGAACCAUCUGGAAAGCGGCCUGCAGCUGGCCUGCCGGGGAAGCCCGUCAGCCGGGUUCCUCAGCUCAAAGCUCGCAUGGUCAGUAAAGGCAAAGAUGGGACUGGAAGCGAAGACAAAAAAUCCAAGACAUCCACACCUUCCUGUGCUAAAACCUUGAAAAAUAGGCCUUGCCUUAGCCCCCAACGCCCCACUCCUGGUAGCUCAGACCCUUUGAUCAAACCCUCCAGCCCUGCCGUGUGCCCAGAGCCAUCUUCCUCUCCUAAACACGUCUCUUCUGUCACACCCCGAACUGGCAGUUCUGGAACAAAGGAGAUGAAAGUCAAGGGGGCAGAUAAAACUGGAACGAAGAUUGCCACACCCCGGGGAGCAGCCCCUCCAGGCCAGAAAGGCCAGGCCAACGCCACCAGGAUUCCAGCGAAAACCACACCCUCCCCGAAGACCCCACCCGGCUCUGCUACCAAGAAAGUGCAGAGAAAGCCACCCCCUGCAGGGGCAAAAUCUGACAGAGGUGACUCGGGGAAAUCUGGGGAUCGCAGCGGCUACAGCAGCCCUGGGUCCCCGGGCACUCCUGGCAGCCGUUCCCGCACCCCAUCGCUGCCGACACCACCUGCCCGGGAACCCAAGAAGGUGGCAGUGGUCCGCACUCCACCCAAGUCGCCGUCUUCAGCCAAGAGCCGCCUGCAGACGGCCCCCGUGCCCAUGCCAGACCUGAAGAACGUCAGGUCCAAGAUCGGCUCCACUGAAAACCUGAAGCACCAGCCGGGAGGCGGGAAGGUGCAGAUAAUUAAUAAGAAGCUGGAUCUUAGCAACGUCCAGUCCAAGUGUGGCUCAAAGGAUAAUAUCAAACACGUGCCAGGAGGCGGCAGUGUGCAAAUAGUCUACAAACCAGUGGACCUGAGCAAGGUGACCUCCAAGUGUGGCUCGUUAGGCAACAUCCACCAUAAGCCAGGAGGCGGCCAGGUGGAAGUGAAAUCUGAGAAGCUGGACUUCAAGGAUAGAGUCCAGUCGAAGAUCGGGUCCCUGGAUAAUAUCACCCACGUCCCUGGCGGAGGGCAUAAAAAGAUCGAAACCCACAAGCUGACCUUCCGCGAGAACGCCAAAGCCAAGACAGACCACGGGGCGGAGAUCGUGUACAAGUCGCCGGCGGUGUCCGGGGACACAUCCCCGCGGCACCUCAGCAACGUCUCCUCCACGGGCAGCAUCGACAUGGUAGAUGCCCCGCAGCUUGCCACGCUAGCCGAUGAAGUGUCCGCUUCCCUGGCCAAGCAGGGUUUGUGAUCAGCCCCCGGGCGGUUGGUAAUCGUGGAGAGAAGAGAGAGAGAGUGUGGGAAAAAAAAGAAUAUCGAUCCGGCCCUUCGCCCUCUGUCCUCCCCCAGCUGCUCCUCACAGAUGGGUUAAUCGGUUAAUCAUUUAACCUGCUUUUGUUGCUCGGCUCUGGCUUGGGACUUCAAAAUCAGUGAUGGGAAUAAGGGCAAAUUUCAUCUUUCCAAAUUGAUGGGUGGGCGGGCUAAUAAUAAAAUAUUUUUUAAGACAUUUACAAAGAUGGCCACACCCAACAUUUCCUUGGGCAAUUGCUUUUGAUUUUUUUUUUUUCCUCCUCUGAGUAGAAGAGGAUGAAGGAGAGGCUCUGAAAGCUGCUUCUGGGGGAAUCUCAAGGGACUGGGGACACCCCCUCCUCUGGCCCCAUCCUGGGGGUGUCACAGAGGCAGCGGCAGCAACAAAGGGUUUGAAACUUGGUGUGUUCGUGGAGCCACAGGCAGAUGUCAACCUUGAGUGAAUGGGAUGGGGUGGGGAUGGGGAGACACAGGAGAGGCUGAGGCAGAGGGAGAGGGGGACGGGAGAAGGGCAGUGCGAGAGGGAGGGCGUGAGAGGGAGGACACUCGGAGGGGAGGCGCAGCUCCCUGCCUGGAAGGACAGCUGGAAGGGCAACCAGCCUCCAUUGCUACCUGCAGCAAACUCGGACCCAGUGGCCAACUAUGCUUGGUGGCCCGGGAUGUGCUGCAGGUCGGUGUGCCACCCUCUAGAGGGCAGCCUGUGGGAGAAAGCUCCACUACCUCCCAUUCCGUGAAGGGACAGUGGGCAGGAGAGGGACGGUUGGCCGGAGGGUGGCACCCUGUGGAUUACUUCCUGAGAAGACUGACCUUGAUGUCCUGAGUGCUGGCCUCUUCCUCCCUCCCUGCAGGGUGGGGGUCCUGAGCUGAGGGGCUUCCCUGUGCCUCGCAGAAAACCCUGUCUUAGUGAGUUCUGAAGGUUGGAGCUGCAGCCACGAUUUUGGCCGCAACACAGAUCUGGGACUUAGGGCUAACCAGUUCUCUUUGUAAGGACUUGUGCCUCUUGGGGGACGUCUGCCUGUUCCCAAGCCUGGGCCUCUGGCAUCUCUAGAGGUGUGCGGGGGUCUGAGAGGAGGGUCCCGAGCCUCCCAACCCUCUCAGGGCCACUGCAGCCACCUGUCUGCCCCCGCCACGCCUGUGUGUCUGCCGUGGGGAGCCCAGUCACUGCCUGUACACCUCAUUAUGUCACACACUGUCCUGAGUUCCCAGCCUUACCACCCCUCUUCUCAGUCAUGGACAUUGUUUCGACGUGGGAGGCACCAACCCUAAACAAAGGGGGGAAGUCAAGGACAGGAAAGUCCAGGCACGAGGUGGGACCUCAGUCUCUUGGUCUAAGUUACACUCAUCCAACUGGCGUGUCCCCCACAAUGAGCCUGAUGGCCUUAUUCGGUUCCCUGCCCCCACCUCCCAGCACAGGUGUGAGCCAGGGUCGGGCUCAGCAAUGACCCGGGAUGUUUGUGCCUGGUUGACUUGGAGAACCUUUUGCUCCCAGAAGGCCUGGUCCCCUUCCUGUGUUGAGCUGGCAGCACGUUUUCUGUCCUGGCUGCCAGAGAUGGCCCUGGGAUGGGCACGCAAGGCCCCCAGGGCAGGACCAGACUCCCUCUGUCCCCCACUUCUGCCUCAGCUCAUAACUGCCAGCCUCUCAGAGAGCCCACCGCUGCUCAAGCCCAAGUGCAUAUAAUCAGCCCUCCAUACCCCAAAAGGGGAACUUGCCCCUCUUGGGAAUGGUUCUUCCCCAGUCCCAGCUGGAAGCACUGCUGUCUGUCCUGCCGGAGCAGCUGAACAUAUCCAUAGAUGUCGCCCUUCCCUCCCCGUCUGCACCCUGUCGCGUUGUAGUCGGAUUUGUCUGUUUAUGCCUGGAUUCACCAGAGUGACUAUGAUAGUGAAAAGAAAAAAAAGGACGCAUGUAUCUUGAAAUGCUUGUAAAGAGGUUUCUGACCCAUCCUCAUGGGGGUCCUAGAGGUCUCUCACCCCCCACGCUGGGACUUGGCUCCAAGAGGCUGGUGUGGCUCUACCCCGUUGGGGCCUCCCAGUUUUCGAAAGGCUUCUGUCAGCAUCUGGGACCCAACCGAGACCAGAUCCUUUCCACUAAGAACCCUCAGCUGUGAAGAAAGCCUGAAGCACAGGAUGAGGACAGAAGCUACGGUGUCCCCUCCUGGCCCCCCAGGGCUUCCCUUUGUCAGGGCAGAGAGCAGUGUGUCUUGUGGCUGGCCUGGUUGGCAGCAUGAAGAUGACCCUCUCUGGUCACAGCCUGGAGAAGUGCACAGCAGCCCUGCUCAGAGAGGGCCUUAGAACUCCCUGUACCACGAGAAAAACGAAGCCAGUGCCAGCUGGGAAAGGUCUGCAGCCCACCCUCAGCCUGGGAUCCCUCUCCAAGCUCUUCCCCAGGAGGGGCAGCCCAGGCCUCCCCACUGAGGACCCAGGGUGGUCGCCUGAAGAAGGAUGACCAGUCAGGAGACACCCUUCCCAAAGCCUUGGCCAGAGCUCCUGCUGACCUUGCACAAGGAGAACCUUGCUGUUUAAAGAAAUGUGGCACCUCAGGCCCAGCUCUGCCCCUUCCAGUUUGGGUCAAGGGCACCCCUAGAGUCUGGGUGGAAGGAGUCUAGGGCCUCCCCUCUAGGGCUGGAGGCUUCAUUUGCAGCCAGAGCUCUCCGUGAAAGGAAUCAUCCGGGCCCAGAACGUGCCACCAUGAGGCUCCCCACUGUCCUCUGAGACCCAGCUGUUCUUAGAAGGGUUCUGAGGAAGAAAAAGGAAAUGUGGUGUAAAGGUUUGGUAGCUUUUAGAGAUGUAGCCCCUCAUUACUGCCACUGACUUUGGCUGCAUCUCUUCUUGCACGUCUUCUGGCUUCCUCUUCCUGCAGUUCCUGUGCCCUGCUCUUCAGCACCUUAUUCCGAGGGGCUCUGGAAUCUCCCUUGUGUGGUGGGCUACUGGGAUCAGCCUAAGGAUCAUGGUUUAGGGUGAUGAGCUCAGUGCUGGCAGGGAGAUUGCAAAGGGAUGCUGGCUUGUGACCUUAAAUGAGGACAAUCUCCCUAGGGCUAGGCACUCCCCCACCUCCAGAGUCAAUGUCCCUUGAGUGGGCUAGAUAGGAUUUGCUAUGCGCCCGGUCCCUUCAAGCUCUCCACUCACUUUAUCAAUAGUUCCAUUUAACCUGACGUCAAUGGUGAUUUGCGAUUGCUUGUUGUGCUAUGGGGGGAGGGGGGAGGAACCUGUAAGAUAGUUACCAUGGGCAAAGGGAAGUCUUGGAGGGCAGCAGUUAAACCACCUUGUAACCCUUUUCUUCAUGUCAAACACAUGUGCUAGAGGUCCCUGGGGUUUCGCCUCUUCCUUGACAGGUUUCCCGAGUGCAGCAGGCUGCCAGCUGGUUCCCGCCUCUUUCCCAGCCAGAUGCAGGCAGUGAGGCUUGUGGAGGAAUCUGGAGAUACAGCUGCUCUGGCCUGCUGCCUUCUUGCAGGGUCCCAAAGCCCACAAUCAUGUCUCCCAAAGACCCUGGCAUCCUUUCCUCUAAGCUGUUGGCACCCAUGUCACCUUUCCCACCAGCUCCGGACACGCAUCCUACUUCUAGCAGCUGCCAAGGUCUCUCCCUUCACCCUCCUUUAUCUUUGUCCUCCAAGUAAAGCCAACAGAUGGGCAUGAGGGCAGAGAGGAGGUCAUCAGCCUGCCCCCUCUGCAGAUCUGUGGCUUCAUGACUUCUGCUUUCUCUUCAGCUUUGAAAAGGGUUACCCUGGGCACGGACCCAGUCUCACCUCCCAAUGGACUUAGCCCCAUGAAUUUGCAGUGUUGGGCAGGACAGUUUCUGGCACUUGCAAGUCCCAUGAUUUCUUCAAUUUUGAGGGUGGGGGGAGGGACAUGAAACCAUCUUAGCUUAGCUUCCUGUCUGUGAAUGUCCAUAUGGUGUAUUGUGUGUUUUAACAAAUGAUUUACACUGACUGUUGCUGUAAAAGUGAAUUUGGAAAUAAAGUUAUUACUCUGAUUAAA